UUAGUCUAGUUUGAGGGACUUUUUGUCAACAUUAUUCACUAGUGACACUGUGGCUGUGGGUCUAGACUCAUAAACUAGUGUCAUUAGUUUUUCAGUACCGGUAGUCAAUAGACUGAGAAGUACUUUAGUCUAUCUGUUAGCACUACACUUACAGAAUUCUAGUCUAUAUAUUAUAUAGCCUGGAUGAUUGGGUCUAGACCAGAGCUAUUUAUAGAAUAUAUAGCUCUACUACUGAUCCAAUUUGUCAAUGAGAUUGUUUGUGAAGAGUGAAAUACACUGCAUCGGAAAUAAGAAUAAGCAAUAGGGACAUUCUGACACUGGAAUGGCCAAAAGAUAUGACACUCUAGUACGUCUGUUGUUAGUUGGUGACACUGGAGUGGGCAAAACCUGUUUAAUUUGUCAGUAUGCUUGCAAUGAAUUUCACGAAACACACAUCACCACUGUUGGAGUAGAUUUCAAAAUGAAAACCAUCAGCAUGGAUGGGAAAAAUGUCCGGUUACAGAUAUGGGAUACAGCAGGCCAGGAGAGGUUUGAGGCUAUCACAAAACAGUUUUACACCAGAGCGCAGGGCUGUGUGCUAGUCUAUGAUAUCUGCAGUAGAAGUUCUUUUGAAUCUCUGACUAAAUGGCUCCUGUUUGUACAACAGUAUGCCAAAGAUGGUGUUGUUUCUAUAAUAGUUGGCAACAAGAGUGACCUUUCUUCAAAACGUCAAGUUCCCAAGCAGAUGGCUCAACAGUUUGCCAAUGACAAUAACUUAAGAUUUUAUGAGGUCAGUGCCAAAGAUUCAAACAGCUUAAUACAGCCUUUCGAUGACAUUUGUAAAGAUAUUUUAAUAGCAGAAAACAAGAGAUUGCAGGAAGUGGAAAAUGUAGAAAAGAUUGAUUUAAAGUCUCCAGAUACAAGAAACAAGGCUAAAUCUAAUGGUUCUCCUGGCAAAAAAUGUUGCUGACACUAGCGUGGUUAAACUUGUUUCUUUGUGAUAUAUACAUGCCAAUCUAGUUAACUCUGCUUCUGAUAGUGAUGGUUACCGGUUCGGAGUUACUAUGCCAACAGUGUCUAUUUCUUCCUAAUUCAUAUUAGUCAAAACUUCAAGCUAGUCUCCUCGUACAUUUAUGUGAGGGAUCGGUCAUCAGCUUUGUGCUUUCAUCAAAAAUUAUGCAAUAGAAAUGUACGUUAUGUAGCAAAACUAUAUAAGAAGUAGGGAAGAUAAUUCAAACUUACAUUUUAGACUAUUACAGAUUAAUAAACACCAGGGUUUUUUUUUAACAAGGCUUGUGACUUUGCCAACAAAAUUGUUCACCUCUGUAAUUACUCAAAGACUUCUGCUUCUCAUCUUUCAUUUGUCCAAAUUCAAUGUAAAGAUUAAAGUAACAAUUGAAAUCAAUUUGAAAAAAUUUACAGAGAGAGCUUGUGUUUUCAAACAAACUUAGAGGCGGCCCCUCUCCCCAAUAUCAUUUUAGUACAGCAUAAAACAUUAAUUGAUUUAUCAGUUUAUCAGAGGAGCUCUGACUGACUCUGAUAUCAAGAUGUUCACUUGGUUUCUCUUACUGCAGUCUAUCAUAAAGCAUGAGUGGUGUCAAUUAAUUAGUAGUAAAACAUAUCCUAGUUUAACUUUACUCUGAGUCAAUUUGUUUAUUAGAAUAACUCUCUAGCUCUCCGUCCUUGAAACUUAAUUAAAGACUUAACUUACCCAGAUACAUUUAUAAUCUUGUGGUGAAGUAUAAGUCAUUUUUAGGGCUCUUUAAAUAGCUUUAAGUGAAGGAUACUUCUUUGUUUGUUUUUCCAAUAAAUUGCUACAAUAUUUUGAGGUAAAUGGGUCUAUCCAUUAUGAUAUGUACAUAUUUUGUCUUGUUAUUUUCUUGCUUUAAGUCACUUUUUAACUGUCAACUUUUUAAUGCGCCAUACUUGAUAAUUUUAUAAUGUUGACUCACAUUGUUUGUAUUAAUAUUGUAAGGCUACUUUGAUGUUUAUUGCAUAAAUGCUUUCUUUUAAAUGUGUGGGAUAAAAAAAAAAGGAUUAUGAGAAUAUUGAGAAUGUCGAGUAAAGUCAUUGUUUUAAAAAAGGUUUGCGAUGAAUUUCUGUGCUAGUCUAAAGGAGCUGAUGUUAUUUAAUGACCAGGUUCUCUUAUAUUAAUUUAGAGUAGAGAAUGAUAACAACAUUUUCAGUGAAUGAAAUGUUAUGAAUCUAUUACAUUCUUAACAUAUUAAUAAAGCUAAAAGCAUGAAAUAGAGUAAACAAAAAUAAUUCGUGAAAAAUAUGAUUAGUCACACAUAUUUGGUCUAGAUCUAUUACAAAUUUAAUUACAUGACUGAUCCAAACUAAUUGAUACAAUUACACUUUUGUCUAAGCUUUUUUUUUAAAGUAUUUUUUAUGUUUUUUUUUGUUUGCUUUCUGUGAUUUUUUUUUUUUUCUUGUAAUAGUAAAACAUUGUUUUGAUUCGGCCAGUUUUAUUUCCAAGCAUAAUCUUUGGAAACAACUUUUAUUUUCUGGUUUUUAAUUAUACUUCUAAUCAAACAGUCACCUUCUUAUCUUGUCCUGAUAUUUAAUAUGUUGAUUCAGCUACCUUCCAAGUCAUGCAUCAAUUAGUAAUACAUUUAUUUAAUGAAGCCACUACCCCUCCCCCCCCCCCAACACACACACAUACAUCUUAUUCUUUAUUGAUGUCCUUUGUUGUUAAACAAAAAACUUACCAUAGAAAGCAUUUUGAUGAUUUCCAAUAAAAUGUCGAAAUUGUAAAAAAUCUAGCAUUACUGAUAUUUUUGUUUCAAUCAAAACAGUUUAUACAUUUCUAUUGUAUUACUCUUUGAUAUUUUUAACGCUGAACAUUUAAAAAAAUGUCAAGUUUUGUUAGUGGAUUUGUUUUGAAAUAUAGCUCUCUUGUAAUUGCGAUUUACAUUAGCAACUAAAAACAAAAUAAUAAAAGAGCCAAUCCUUGUGGUAUUGGCACAAUUGUUUAUUUUUACAUAUCUUGAGAGUAAAUUUUGGGUGAAAUAUAUAUACAUUUAUGUAACAGUGUUACAAAUGUGUUACUGUACAUACUUGUGACAGUUCUUGUUGCAUUCAUGAAUUUUAUUUGCCAAAACAUUUCGUGCUCUGUUUUUAUUUUUAAAACUCUGAGAACACUUCCUAGUGCUUGCUGUAAUAGAUUUGUAAUGAAAGGAUGAUUUAAUAGAUUUGUAAUGAGUAAAUGAUGUAAUAGAUUUGUAAUGAGUGGAUGAUUUAAUAGAUUUGUAAUGAGUAAAUGAUGUAAUAGAUUUGUUAUGAGUGGAUGAUUUAAUAGAUUUGUAAUGAGUAAAUGAUGUAACAGAUUUGUAAUGAGUAAAUGAUGUAACAGAUUUGUAAUGAGUAAAUGAUUUAAUAGAUUUGUAAUGAGUAAAUGAUGUAACAAAUUUGUAAUGAGUAAAUGAUUUAAUAGAUUUGUAAUGAGUAAAUGAUGUAACAAAUUUGUAAUGAGUAAAUGAUGUAACAGAUUUGUAAUGAGUAAAUGAUGUAAUAGAUUUGUAAUGAGUGGAUGAUUUAAUAGAUUUGUAAUGAGUGGAUGAUUUAAUAGAUUUGUAAUGAGUAAAUGAUGUAAUAGAUUUGUAAUGAGUAAAUGAUGUAAUAGAUUUGUAAUGAGUGGAUGAUUUAAUAGAUUUGUUAUGAAAGGAUGAUUUAAUAGAUUUGUAAUGAGUAAAUGAUGUAAUAGAUUUGUAAUGAGUGGAUGAUUUAAUAGAUUUGUUAUGAGUGGAUGAUGUAACAGAUUUGUUAUGAGUGGAUGAUGUAACAGAUUUGUAAUGAGUAAAUGAUGUAAUAGAUUUGUAAUGAGUGGAUGAUUUAAUAGAUUUGUUAUGAAAGGAUGAUUUAAUAGAUUUGUAAUGAGUAAAUGAUGUAAUAGAUUUGUAAUGAGUGGAUGAUUUAAUAGAUUUGUUAUGAGUGGAUGAUGUAACAGAUUUGUUAUGAGUGGAUGAUGUAACAGAUUUGUAAUGAGUGGAUGAUUUAAUAGAUUUGUAAUGAGUGGAUGAUUUAAUAGAUUUGUUAUGAAAGGAUGAUUUAAUAGAUUUGUAAUGAGUGGAUGAUUUAAUAGAUUUGUAAUGAGUAAAUGAUGUAAUAGAUUUGUAAUGAGUAAAUGAUGUAACAGAUUUGUAAUGAGUAAAUGAUUUAAUAGAUUUGUAAUGAGUGGAUGAUUUAAUAGAUUUGUAAUGAGUGGAUGAUUUAAUAGAUUUGUUAUGAAAGGAUGAUUUAAUAGAUUUGUAAUGAGUGGAUGAUUUAAUAGAUUUGUAAUGAGUAAAUGAUGUAAUAGAUUUGUAAUGAGUAAAUGAUGUAACAGAUUUGUAAUGAGUAAAUGAUUUAAUAGAUUUGUAAUGAGUAAAUGAUGUAAUAGAUUUGUAAUGAGUGGAUGAUUUAAUAGAUUUGUAAUGAGUAAAUGAUGUAAUAGAUUUGUUAUGAAAGGAUGAUUUAAUAGAUUUGUAAUGAGUAAAUGAUGUAAUAGAUUUGUAAUGAGUAAAUGAUGUUACAGAUUUGUAAUGAGUAAAUGAUGUAAUAGAUCUGUAAUGUGGGGAUGAUGUAAUAGAUUUGUAAUGAGUAAAUGAUGUAAUAGAUUUGUAAUGAGUAAAUGAUGUAAUAGAUUUGAAAUGUGGGGAUGAUGUAAUAGAUCUGUAAUGAGUAAAUGAUGUAAUAGAUUUGCAAUGAAGGGAUGAUGUAAUAGAUCUGUAAAGAGUGGAUGAUGUAAUAAAUUUUCUUUAAAAGUGUAUCCUGUAAGUGAACCUCCAUCAGCUGGAUGCUGUACUAAACAUCCAUUGAACACUGCAUAAAUAAUAAUAAUAAUCUUUAUUGUCUGUAUGGAAAUUUGUCUUACAAUUAGUGCAUUACACCAAACAAAAAACAUUAUAACUAUAAGAAACCAAAGUGUACAUUCACACCAUACUCACUCAUAAUUUACAUGUAUCAUUUGUGCUACUUUACAAAGACUGCAGUCUUCUUUUGAUGAAGCUUUUUUUUUUAGUGCUUCAAUGCAUAGUAAGCUUACUUUAGAUCUUAGGCUCUUUUCAAACAUACUAUUUGUUGACUGUAUUCAGCAUUGAAUGUCAAAUCUUUUGUUUUAAAGUGUUUGUACAAAAUAUUGUAAGGAAGCACAUUUACUGGCUGAUUCUUAAGAGACUUUUCUGUAUUUAGAAAUAGAUAACGCAUUCAGUUACAGUAAAUCUUUAGAAUUAGUCACUUUAGUCAGGCUCGAGUUAACUGCUGUUCACAUUUGUUUUUAUCUGAGACAGAUCAUCUUCUCAUUUAUAUUAUGAUCUGAGACUGGAGAUAAUAUAAAAUCUCCUUCUGGAAGCAUUAGUUGUUUUUUUUGUUUUUUUUUUGUUCUAGGUAUGAUGUGAUGUCAACUCUAUGCUGGCUAAUAAUGUUAACCAUAUGUUAUACCAUGCUCAUUUUUUUCCAUGCCCAAAAUAGAAUAUUUGGCUGUGCAUCCUAUUACUAGUUUUUCAUAGUGUCAGAGGCUAAGAAUUGUGGUUUUGGUCCCUUGAUAAUGAUCCAGAUUUUGAUAUCUAAUAAUUGAGGACAUUGAACCUUUCAAAACAACUUGAACAAGGGAGAAGACAUUCUGUGGUUAUAUACAAAAGUUAAUGUUAGUGGCACAAAAGUUACUGUUAGUGGCUUUAUGUCUUGAGAGCUCAUGAUAUCUUCCAACUUCAUAGAUUGUUAAGAACUUCAUAUGUUGUUUUUUUUUAUUUGGGAUGCUGAUAAAGAAGAGUGGAAAAGAUAAAUGAGUGUUAAGGCCUCCGCGUGGUGUUGAUUCUUGGAAAUAUAUCUAGUGUAGAUCUACAUCUGACUGGAAGUAAUGCUGAACUCGAACUACUUCAGUAACACCGGCGAAAGGCCGAAACAAUCAAAAUAUGUAGUCGACGCUGAUGUUGUUUUACAAAUAUAUUUAAUAAUCAAGAAGGGAAUCGUCUGAUGUCAGCUAUGUCCGUAAAUCCGUAUAUCUAUUGUACUGCUCUACACGAAACGUCUUCUUUGUAGCGUCACUUAGAGCAUUCUUCUUUUUUAACCAACUUUACGCCAUCGUCGCUAAGAAAACUUUACCCUAUUCCCGAAACAAAUAACUAAUUCCUAAUCAUGUCAUAACAUGAGCAUUAAUAAAAAUAAAAAAAAGAAACUUUUUUCCAUUAUUUGUAAUCUAUUUUUGCUUUCUGUGAUUAUUUGUGUUCUUGAACUUUUUCUUUAUAAUCAUUAGCAUUCUGAAUUGUGAUAGCAUUUCAUUCCAACGUCAAAUGAAUUGAGAAUCUCUUUGCAACAGUGAUUUGAUAAGACAAUGGUAAUUUGUGACAGUGAUUUGAUAAGGACAAUGGUAAUUUUUGACAGUGAUUUGAAAGGACAAUGGUAAUUUGUGACAGUGAUUUGAUAAGACAAUGGUAAUUUGUGACAGUGAUUUGAUAAGACAUUGGUAAUUUGUGACUUAUCAACAUUCUAGGUUUUCAUUUCUGUAUACACCCACGGAAUGGUGACUUGGCAUACAUUGACUUCAUUGCUAUUCUAUUGGAUCUUAUGACUUUGUCUUCACAAUGUAUUAAAAUUUUAUUUUGUAAUCAAAAACAAAAUCUGAAUUUUUCUAAUAAUAAUCUUUAUUAUCCAUGAGGAAA